AUGGAAGAAGAACGUCAUCGCGAAGAUUCACGACAAAGCGAUGUUGGUGAAUUCAAAAGCUAUGAGAAGAAGAAAGAUGCUCCGAUUAGACAAAAUACAGAUGAGAGCGAUAUUAUCAGAAGAAGAGAAACUUUCGCAUUUUCUAGUAUUGAGGAAAUGAUGCGGGAAGGAAAUUUUUCCUCUUCGUCGAGAAGGCGGUUUUCUAGUGGUGGUCAUUUAAAUGCAGCUGCAACGAAUCUAAGUAUCAGCAAGACAACGCACUUGGAAGCCGAGUCAAUUUUGACUACAACGCGCUAUGGGGAAGGUUUUAUGAAAGGAGCAGAAUCAGAUGGCGAUGUGCACAGAGUUGCUGUACAAGGCAUAGCACCUAGGCGACAUAGGAAACCAGAUGAAGAUGGUACGAUACCCGGCGAGCAUGUGACCUAUGUACAUUUUCUCAGCGGUCGACAAAGGAUUUUACAAAAAGAAGUAGAAGAUGCGGUUUCUCAGUACAACGUUCAGUUAGCUGAAUGCGUGAAAGAAGCUGAGUUUCUGUGUAGAAGAGCUAGCAUGUGGAAGCAGGUGCUAUUGCGUAAACAUGGUCGAUCUCUGCAACCGCAAACAGGCAUUAGCAGCAUAUUCUUAGGUUCAAAUCCAAAUAGAAGUAUGGAUCCAUGGCAACCACUUCGAUCGAUCCUGCAUCAUGACACUAUGAAACCCGCUGAGUUGAAGACACUGAUUUCAGUGGUCAGCCAAAUUUACAUGGAGAGUAGGGAACCAAGACUCCGUGAACUGCUAAAAGGAUCGAACUGCGCUAGACUUUGCAGAUUUUUGUUUGCACGUUUUGGACCAGACCGUUGUCGAUUCUUCGAGUUCCCAAAUUCAAUAGAAAAGUGCUUGAUUCUUACUAAUCCGGAUUUGGAUGCAAUGUUCCUUAUUCAAUGCUCCAGUGAGACUUCACCUAUUCUCAGCGUGCUUCUCAAAGAACCCGAUCUCGUCGAGGAUACACAGGAUGAAUCGAAGCGUUUUAGGCAACAUCGCCUAGAUCUAGCAUUUGAUGACUUAGUUGCAUGUGUGACAGCAUUCUUGUGGACAGAUCUGUUGCAAAAGCCACCAGGAACACAUUAA